AUGCGCAAAGAGCUACUGCAGGAGCAUGUACAGCCCUUUCGAGACAGGCAUCCAUAUUUGUGGAAAGCAUUAACCUGGCGACUGGCGCCCGCUGCAGGAGCAAGCUUAUCUGGAUUGGCUCUAGGCAUCUAUCCUCAAGACCAGCUGCGCGUUACGAUUGCUCUCUACGUGCUUAUUAGGGCAGGCGAGCUAUUGUACAAAGGGGCCGAGGCGAAAGGCUACUUGAAACGGAAACCAAAGUGGGUGGGAAGUUGGAUGCUAGCGGCUCUUUCUCACGGACAACUGCUACACGCUUUCCUCUUCGACCCAGAAUGUGUUCCCGCGAUAUACAGCGAUUUCAUCCUCAACAACAGUCCUGAGUAUCUACAACCACGGCCUUCCAACCUUUCAGAGAAGAUCCUGCUGUCCUCCAGCAGUAUCGGAAGAACCAUGACCUUGUACUACUCGGCACUAUCCCUCUCCAGAAUCAGCAGUCUCGUCAAGCAACCCAGCGCCUUUACCACAGCCUUGGUAACACAAAUCUUGAGAUCGACCGCUAGUAUCGUGGCUACUAUCGCAGGUAUUUGGGGUUCUAUUUGCUUUGGCAACAACUAUCUGCCAAGAUCAUUCAUGUCGACAUUCCGAUUUUUGGUGGCUGGCAGUAUCGCCGGAAGUGCUGCAGCCAUUGAUUGGUCACCUACUGGUCAUGCCAACAACAUGUACGUGCUCAGGAACAGCUUAGACUCCUUGUGGAAGGUGGGCGUCAAGCGGCGGUGGUGGCGCGAUGUCAAAGGUGGAGAUGUGUACCUCGUCGUACUGUCAUUAGCAGUGAUGAAUAUUCUGUACGACAGUCAAAAACAGACAUUCGAUCAUGAUGGCUCGAUGAGGGCGAUCAAGGUCUUACGAGGUGAAAUCGAGGUUGGUCUGAAGAACAAAACAGAGCAUGAGACCUAG